UAUUUAAUUUUAUAACUUGUAUUGAAUGAUAAAAUGAAUGAAAUUUUUUGAGAUCUUAAUUCCACGACGACGUCGACUUAAGGUCGUCGCAGCAACCGGCAACAACUACCCAACGAAAAGCAAAGCAAUGGCUACAGAAGAACAGACACGCACUAAACUGACGGGAUCUCAAGACACGCUUCAAAACAAAGAACGGCAAAGCUUUUUAAAAUACGUAUUCGUGAAGAAGAAACACAGGGAUUCGAAGAAAGACGAAGUAGCGAUCGAGAGGAUUAGCAAUGAGAUAGCCAACUGGGUCAAGAACAAAAUCAAACAGGAACACCUCGGCGAAGAGGAAAGCGUGGAAUCCUUUUUCGAAGACGAAAACGACUACUUCUACAGAAGCAUGGCCCUGAUCUCAAAGAGGCUGCCUAAGGAAGACCAGGCCAACAUUCGUCUGCAGCUUUGUAAGCUCAUAACCGACGCAGAGACCAAGUCUCGACUCGCCAGCGAACAGGCAGACGUGAAGAGCAUAUCUAUACAGCCGAAAACGACCGUACCGGAAACCAAGAAUAAUUUUCAGUUCAAGCGAACAAUUUCAGGAGGUAAAGCAAAGCAAGACCGUUCUACAGAAAGAAAGAGUCAACCGCCAAAGGGGAAAGCUCGAGGAAGAAGAAUCUCCUAGAACCGUGACGACGGCAGAAGUAGAGAAAGCAGCAGCAAAAGCAUCAGCAAAAGCAGCAGAGAGUGGUUCAGUAGAAAUGAGUUUUACGAGUUCUGAAGGGAUCAUGGAAUCUAGCUUCGAACACAAAGGCACACAAAACUAAACCCAUGUUCAAACAAAACAAUUGCUAAAAAUAAAAACAAAUCCUUUCCUUAAAG